CGCGCGGGCGGUGCUUAAACAGCCGGGGAGGAACUUUCAGCAUCUGGGACGCAUGCAUGAAGAAGAUCUCGUCUCUGUCAUCUAAAUUCAGUAAUACUACUUUAUGAACACUGCUACUUUUGCACAGACACAUCUUAAUACAAGUAACACAUUAUUCAUAUUCGGUGCGAAACGCGUUUCUGUGAAUGAACACAGUGCUUUAAUUUGUAAUUUCACGGAACUCCGCUUGAGAUGAAACCCGGCGUGCUUCACUGCCGAUGUGCUAAAUGUUUCUCAGUGCCAGUUCGGAAGCGGGUGCGCAAGAGAAUACCCACCCUAACACUGCUCUCUCUGCCCGAAGAGAUAAUUUUGUGUGUGUUGCAGUGUCUCUCAGCUGAAGAUCUUUUGGCAAUCAGAGCUGUGCACUCUCGGCUGCGUGAUUUGGUAGAUGGACAUGCCAGUGUGUGGGCGAGGGUAGGCUUCAAGGAACAGUGGCCUUCACCUAACAGCAUAUGGCUUUUUGAAAGGGCUGCAGAGAGGGGAAAUUUUGAAGCUGCUGUGAAAUUAGGAAUUGCCUACUUGUACAAUGAAGGACCAUCUUUGAGUGAUGAGGGAAGGGCCGAUGUUUGUGGAAGGAAAGCAUCUCAUUACUUCAGUUUGGCGGAGAGUUUGAGACCUCAGUCUGCCGAUCCCUUCGUCUGGGUGUUUAUUCGUCCACCCUGGUCCCCAUCAGGCAGCUGCUGCAAGGCUGUGGUGUAUGAGCACUUACGGGCUGAGAGUGACACUAACUUGGAGCGGAGAGGAGGUUUAUUGCACUGUUUAGCCAGAGUGCUCCAGCUCUUUGAUGAUGAAGAGAAGAGAAAGGAGGCUGUGCAGAUGCUUGAGAUGUCCGCAUGUAGUGGAUGUGUGCAGAGUGCCUACCUGCUUUGGGAGCAUAAGCGACACUUAGCAAUGACAGAUCCAGGACGUUAUCUCCAAUGUAUGCGUACACUCAGGGACUAUGCAGCCAAAGGAUGCUGGGAAGCACAGUUGUCUCUGGCCAAGUUGUGCAUCAGUGGAAACCCACUUGGUUUAGAACUACAGGCAUGCACCAACCUUGUGGCCCAAUUGUUUCACUCCAACCCGACACCAUGCAGACGAGCAGAAGAUUUGCUGCGGCAGGGGCUCAAUGACACUAUGAGGUACAUCCUGGUGGACUGGCUGGUGGAGGUGACCACGAUGAAGGACUUCUCCAGCUUGACUUUGCAUGUGACUGUGUGUUGUGUGGACCGGUACCUGGCAAUGCGUUCUGUGCCCAAAGCCCGCCUCCAGCUAUUGGGCAUCGCCUGCAUGGUGAUCUGCACGAGGUAUGUUAGUAAGGACAUCUUGACCAUUCGAGAGGCGGUCUGGUUGACUGAUAACACAUAUCAGUAUGAAGACCUGGUCAGGAUGAUGGGAGAAGUGAUUGCAGUACUCGGGGGGAAGAUCCGUACUCCCACACUGGUGGACUAUGGCGAGGUGCUGCAAUCUCUAGUCCCCAUGGAUCGGCGCAGUUUCCACCUGUUCUGCUACAUCGGUGAGCUGUCCCUGCUGUAUGCUGUCCUGAGUGCUACUCCACCCGCACUCCUGGCCUGCGCAGCCCUUCUACUGACACGUGCGCUGCAUCACAACGCUCCCAUCUGGCCCUCCAUUUUGGCUGAGCACACUGGCUUCAGAAGUCAGGAGUUGGUCCCCACUGCCAUGGUGCUUUAUGUGAAAUGCUUCAGUCAGGAUGUGCCUAAAGACUAUAGGCAUGUAUCAUUGACAGGAGUGAAGCAGCGGUUCGAAGAUGAUAUGUAUCAACAGAUCAGUAAGGAGCCGGUGAUGGGCUUGUCUGAGCUGUGUCAUAUUUUGGAAGUUCCUGAGAUUCAGGCUAAGAUGGGGCUGCUAUAUCCCAGUUCAGAACCAGCUGAUAUACACACAUUCCUAUCCUCUCCCUCCAGUAACAGCAAGAGACGGAGAGAGGAGAGCAUGCAGAAUCACAGGAGCAGUUUCCUGGCCACACCCACAGCGGAGCUGUCCACCCAGGAGGAGGCGCUGUUGGGAGACAUCCUGGAUUGGAGCUUAGAUACGUCCAGUUCGGGCUAUGAAGGAGACCAGGAAAGUGAAGGAGAAAGGGAUGCUGAAAACCCUGGUGUGAGGUUAGAGUUGCAGCUGGAGACGGAGCCUGCGGACUCUCGAGCACACUGUCGCGCCCUCUCUAGUGACGAAGACAGCUUUAACGAGGGAGAAACGGGUGACGAUGUGACGCAAAGAGGGGAGGGCAGCAGCGGAAAUAGGCGAUGCCGCCAUGAACUUCGCAACUCAGACGCUCACCCUCUCUCCUCCUUGGUCAACCACUCCUCUGUUCUCACCCCAUCAGCUGAUGCCCACAGCUCUGGCUACUCUUCUGUCCAAAGUUCCAGUCCCUCCUCUUCCUCUUUGCUGCCCUGCUUCCUCUCUCCUCUGGCUUCGUCGUCCUCUCCCCCCGGCCGUGUGCCUGCAGUGGGAUUCCGUCUGCUGGUUCCGGCGCAUGGACCUAUUCGUAGACAAGUGAAGCGGAAGAAUGGAGCAGCACACAGUGGAGAGGAAAGGGAGGAAGGAGAACAGGAGGCGGGAGGAAGAGUCUCCCAUGUGACUUUCGUGAGCCUGUGAGAUGAGAAACUGCACCCUCACUCUUCAGAAGCACUUUGGUUUUGUGAAAUACUAUGAAUGAGGAGUUUGACAGGUGGCAGGAAGAAAUAUUUGCACCUCGUCCUGUGCAUUAGCACCAUACAACCAGCUUUAUAGUUCUUUUUUUUGUUUUUUAUUUUGUUUUCUUUUUUUCACAAGAGAAUGGAGAAGAAUCCUUACACUGUCUAGUCACAUUUUGCCAGCUGUGUUUUAAAAGGACUUGGCAGCUGUUACAAUGCAUAGGGAGGUCAACACUGGAAAGUACUCCUCUGUUGUCAGGUUUGUUUGUCGCACUGCAACCCCUGCUGCCUCAACACACACACACACACACACAUAUGUUCAUACAGACUGUUGAAAUCAGACAAAUCAACCUCAAGACAUCCUUCAGGGCUCUUUCAGCUGUGUAACCUGUUAUUGUGUCUAAAAUAUUUGUAUGCAUAUUUUUUUACACUCAUGAAAGGAUCCAAAAUGUGCAGUAUUGUUACACUCAUAUCUGUGUGUAGACGCGCUCAGACUCUAAAGCACAGUGUUUGUUUUUUGGAGGCAGGCUCUGGAUUUUUUGUAUUACAUACACUGCCUUAAUGUAAUAUGAGUCGUGGUUACUGCUGGGUGAUAGCCUACAGUAAAUUAUAAUAACACACAUGUUAUUUGAGAAUGUUUCUUCUACAUAGAUCAUCCAUACACUGUAGAUAUAUAUUUUUAACUAAUGUUAUGUACAGCAGGCUGAAACUACAAAUCAGCUAGCCAUCUGCUGUCAGUAUCAGAUUUGAUCCACAUAGGAAGAAAUAGCUGACAGUCACCACUUUAUACAUGCUGGAAGUAAGCAGCUGGGGGAAUCCAUUUUGAGGGGUGAAUAGCUGAAACACACGAGCAAGAAAAACAUUAAAUACUUGUAUGUUCAGUUUGCCAAAAGGUGGUUGACAAAAUUUGUUUUCAUUUGUUUUUGUUUACAUUUUUGUGUGUAAUUCUGUGCAUUUGAAGAAUGGUGCUGCAUCAGGUGUACAAUAUGUCACCAAAGUUUGUAUAAUAUGGAUAUUAGUGGUAUGCUGAAGAUGUAUACAUAUCUGAGGCAGGCACUUGACUUCAAAAGAAUGUGUCUAAUAAAAAUAAUAUUUCCUUUUUUGUUAAAUCAACCUUGCCAUGCUGAAACAAUCAACCAUUAGUGCAUCCUAGUGUUGCCUGCUUGGCAUGAGGCCAAUCUUGCCUCUUGUAUAACAACCGGGUGGUAGAUCUCUGAAAAUAUAUUUUGUGGUUUGAGAAGUGAUGUACUGUAUGUCCAACUCUGGGCAGCUAUGUCUAAAUGUAAAAUAUUAUUUUUAAAACUAAGGCUUUGGAUACUUGUUAAUGUAUAGGCAAAGAACGAAGCUGUGAAUAACCACAUUACUUGAAACAUUUCUCGGUGCUUAUGUCUACAAAACAUGUAAACAUUGUUAAAUUCACCAUGUGCGCAAGAAAUGUUUUUAGUGUAUGCUUGUCUUGUCAUUUUGAUGUCACCAGCUCAUUAAAAUCUAUAAAUCAUA